UUCCCUGAAACAGCGUGUUUCGACAUGGCUAUCCGCUACUCUACUGGCUAGAACAUGUCUGCACCGAAAAUCUGGCCUAUUUGUCAAAAUCCUCGCUUGCAAGCCCUUCUCUGAGUUGACGUCGCUGCUUCAUCCUUGCGGUCUCAUCGGAGCGGAUUCUCACACUAUAUCGCCGUUUGCCGCACCCUUUUCUUCUGAAGUGUCCGAACUGCAGUUGCCAGUUCAGAUUGUGCUGGAUCCAUCUCAUGCAGCACCAGAGCACACGCACAAACGCCCUGCUCAAGCGCAAAUGCAAGGGCUCUGCGCAGCAUCAUAGCGCACUCGUGAUCACCGUCAUAAACUGAAGCCCCAAUCCACACUGCCCAGUGCAUAGGGAUCCUCUUCCAACUCUACCGCGACAGUAUCGCAUAUAGUCACGGCAGACGGACUGAGCCAUGAGAAACAUCUCCUGUAGUGAUACGCUCGAGAUUGUCGUCGAUAUUCUUGCGCAUGGCACCGUUAGUCUCGGCGUUGAAGUGCGGUGAGUCGAGGAAUGAUGCCGUGACGGCACGCUUUCUUUGGCGAAGGAUGCGACACGUUAGGGGUAUAUCGUUCGAAAGCAACUCCAGGAUGGGAUCUGGGAAAAACGAGGCUGACAUCAGUUUAGCCGGGCAUAGUCUGGGAGGGGGCAUGAGCAGAUGGGACGUUCAAAUACAUGUUAAAGUUGAACUACAAGAUGGAGGACGUAGACUGGACCUCAACCUCUCAGGCACGCGGGCGAGCUGUCAUCCAUUCCGCCAUAUCUAAGUUGCAGUUGAUGGAGUUAGCACUUUCGGCCGCAUAUGCUUCAGUCGAGACACAGAAAUGGACAGCGAAAAUUUCCCUUGUGAAUGAAUAUUCGGGCUUCAAUAUGGUCAAUUGAGCGGUGAACAUCGAGGUAGUCGUCGACAGAGGGUCGGCCGCUUCCCAUCACUUGAUGCGGCCGAACAGCCACAAGCCCAGUCCGCAAUUUGCGCAGCUCCAACUCUCUCCCUCACCUUGCUUGCACUUGGUUGCUUCUCUGUCAGCGGACCCAAUCACACUCCCGCGCGCAUCCUACUCCCCGAACUCCGACCAUGGCCGCCUACUUCUUCGCCUCCCCAGUUGACGUGGACAUCAAACUCGAAGGCGAGGACCAACGGAAACAGGUAGAGACGAAGAGCGAGAAGGAGAAGACGGUAUCUUGUCCGGUAUACUACGACGGAGAGUCGGUCAGCGGGCAGGUCUCCAUACGAGUGCGGGAUGGGAAGAAGAUGCAGCACGACGGGAUCAAGGUCGAGUUCGUCGGCAGUAUUGAACUAUUCUAUGACCGUGGUCAUCAUCACGAAUUCCUAUCGCUAUCUCAGGAACUUGCGGCACCAGGCGAGAUGCGACAAGCACAGACGUUCGACUUCAACUUCAAGAAUGUAGAGAAACAGUUCGAGAGCUAUCACGGUAUCAACGUGAAGUUAAGAUAUUUCAUACGCGUGUCUCUUUCGCGGCGCAUGGCAGACGUUUCCAAGGAGAGAGAUCUAUGGGUGCACUCCUUCCGACCACCUGCAGACACAAAUGCGACGAUUAAGAUGGAGGUCGGGAUCGAGGAUUGCUUGCAUAUCGAGUUCGAGUACAACAAAUCCAAGUACCACCUCAAAGAUGUUAUUGUGGGCAAGAUCUACUUCCUGCUCGUUCGUAUCAAGAUCAAGCACAUGGAGCUCUCCAUUAUACGGCGAGAGACGACGGGCUCGCCUCCAAACCAAUACAAUGAGAGCGAGACCAUCACCAAAUUCGAGAUCAUGGAUGGCGCGCCUGUGCGAGUCCCACCAGGCGAAACCAUCCCAAUCCGACUUUUCCUUGGGGGUUUCGACUUGACGCCGACGUUCCGGGACAUUAACAAGAAGUUCAGCGUCCGGUAUUAUCUGAAUUUGGUACUCAUUGACGAGGAGAACCGGAGGUACUUCAAACAACAGGUAACGCACCCCUUCGAUUUAUCCGUUUGUGAAUAUCGCCUCAUUUUGUGUCCGGUCCUUGAAGGAGAUCACCAUUGUCAGGAUACCAGAGAAUUGAUCCUUUUGGCAUAUUCUGUUCGACCGACAUCCCUUGCGGGCGACGAAGUCGUCGGCAAUGACCCACAUGUUCUUGCCGCCCAAUGCACCGACUUCCCGGUCUAA